UAAAAAGAGAGAAAUGUUGUACACGCAACAUAAGCAUUGAAAAUUGGGAGGUAGAAAACGGAAGUUGGUGUUUGCGGUUUUUCCAAUGGCGUUCUCUGCAACUACCACGCCCUCUCCCCAAUUUAUUCGCCUUCUCUCUGUUCCUCAAAGUCAUACUCAAUCUCAAACUUCACUCUCUUUCCGAUUUCCACAGUCAAAUCUCAAUCGAACAAGGCCGCUUUCAAUUCGAUCAGUUUCAGCCCCAGUUUCUGCCAGAACAAAACAAAAAUGGAAGUUGCAGAGUUUUAAGAAAGAAGAAGAUUAACACCACCGAAUAUUCUGGUUUGGUCACGAAGUGCAAUAUGACCUACGUCACAACAAUGAUAUAAUUUUCACUAUAAUUAAUAAUGAUUAUAAACACCAAUUCUAAACUAUUUCAAACUUAGUAAAUCACCUAGGUGCUAACCUGACUUAGUUAAGGGGAAUCAAAUGCAUUGUAACCUAACACAUUUUCGAAAAUCAAAACACUCAAAUAAAGAUUAAAUGGCUUUUGUAUGCACUAGUCUCUUUGCCUUUUGUAUUUCGCAAAAUAAGCUUGAAUCUAGACAAAAGAAAAAUAAGAACACACUCAAAUAACAAGGAAACAAGGUUGUGUAUAUAUUCUGACUUAAGCUCGAAUGGCUGUCUUCUCUUUUGGAUGAAAUUUUUUUAUACAGCUGAAAUCUCUUCUUCAAUAUUGGAAUAAUUUCCUUUUUCAUCAACUAGUUGUUGCACACAUCAAUGCACUUAGCCGUUGGCUUUGAAUGAGAAUCCUUUUCUUGUUUAGUUUGAUUAUAAUAUGCAGCAGUUAUCCAAUCACUCAUGAAUUUGAUUCUUGGAGCGUAUCACUUGCUGUUUUGAUGGUGCAACAUUUUUCCAAAUUAGCUGCACCUGCAUCUGGGGCUGUGGCACCUGCAAUAUCACUUACGGAUAAUGCACUGAAGCACUUGAAUAAGAUGAGGUCUGAGCGAAAUGAGGAGUUAUGUUUAAGAAUAGGUGUCAAACAGGGUGGGUGCUCCGGUAUGUCGUACACUAUGGAUUUUGAGGACAAGGCUAAUACAAGGCCAGAUGACUCCAUCAUUGAGUACAAUGGUUUUGUAAUUGUUUGCGAUCCUAAGAGCCUACUCUUCAUAUUUGGCAUGCAGUUGGAUUAUAGUGAUGCCUUGAUUGGGGGAGGUUUCUCUUUCAAGAAUCCUAAUGCGACACAAACUUGUGGAUGUGGCAAAUCCUUUGCUGCGGAAAUGUAAAACCAUGUUUAUAGACAACAGUUACAAUAUCUGAUGUUUCUUCGAAGGAUACUCUAGACUAUGUAUACUUCUUUAAUGUUGAACCACUUGAACUAGCCCAAUGUAAUUUGUUUAGGCUAUUCAUAAUCGCAGACACACACAAUACAAAAUUACAAAUAGGUGAAAUUUCGCCCCAUGUAUAAGCUCGUGUUGCCUCUACAAGAAUGUGAUGUCUCAACCUACCAUUUCCCAUAUACUUUUAGACA